GGUGAUUCUGCGUUUUCGGCGCUCAAGGCCUUGAACUCUGACUGUCGAAUCGACUUCUAACACUGAGCUACCUACUGCAUUAUACCUAUAAGGAAAAAUAAACAAGAUACCAUUUUGCUGUUAUUAUCCUGUUUUAUAAGAGAACAAUUAGUAACCUUUUGAGAUUCCAUCAAGGAGGGGUCAGUUCCACUACAAAUCUUUUGUGACAAAAGUAUUUUUUUUAAAAGCGAUGAUGAAGCGAAUUGUGGUUAUUCUUUAUGGUGUUUUUAUGGUGGUGGAGAGUAAAAAUCGCGUACGGACACCACUCGAUACCUUACCUUUAACUUCUGCAUGUCCUUGUAAGGAUUCUCAGGACGUAUCGAUUUGGUUCGAACUAGGUGUGCCUUUGAAGGACCUCAAUCAGUAUUAUGUGCACAUAAAUAAAACGUUUCCUACUGAUAGUGUGAUGAAAGUGUCGUUUGAUACAGAAGUUAAAAUCACUUUCACGGUUAGAUCGAAUGAAAAUAAGUUUUCGAGGGUAUCUUUGAAAAAGAGCGACAACUUCACGGUUCGUUUCUUUACCCAACUCGUAGGCCUGAGUUUUAUAGUGAAGUGGACCACACCAGGACUCGUUCCUCACCUGACUGGCCUCGCUAUUGAUGACGAGGAGUUCUGUGUUGACCCUGAUGUGGAAUCCCUCGAAAAAUACACAGCUGAAAGGAUGCCACAAGGUGCUAAAUAUCCGUGGUACGCCGAGGGUCAAAGACCCAAGAACAUCGAUUGCGGUCAACGUAAAGUAGGCCACACGGACCCAGCCGUCAACGGAGAGACGAAGCCCGGGGACUGGCCGUGGCACGUAGCCCUGUACAGGAGGAAAUACAACAAACUCAACUACGACUACAUAUGUGGAGGCACCCUUAUUUCCGAGAGCUUUGUUUUGACAGUGGCGCACUGCGUUUCUGUCAGAGGAAUACCGUUUCCACCGGAAAAGUUGAUUGUGUGGCUGGGAAAAUAUCAUUUGUACGUUACUGAUAAACAAUCUGAAAUAAAGGAUGUCGAAAGAGUAGUUAUCAACGAGGAGUAUGACUCCAGGCGCCUGUCAAAUGACAUCGCUCUACUAAAGCUGAAGUCACAAGUGCAGUUCACGGAUUACAUACAGCCAGCAUGCCUGGCGCAUGCCGUGGCCCAUGAUAGCACUCCAUACAACACUAACAUUUUGGGCAAUAUAGUAGGCUGGGGGUACGACAACGACAACCAGCAAGCAAGCACCUUGCAGCAGGCCGUCUUCCCCACCGUGUCCGCGGAGACCUGCCUCAGGAGCUACCCGGACUACUACGCGAUGUUCACCAGCUGGAAAACCUUCUGCGCUGGCUAUCGUAAUAACGGAACCUCAGCUUGCAAUGGCGAUAGUGGGGGUGGUUAUCAGGUAUUCGUCCCGAACAAGGAGCAGGACGCCAACGGAACAGCGUCGGGCGCUUGGCACGUCACGGGCAUCAUCUCCAACAUGCCGGCGAUGGCGGGCGUCGUGGUGUGCGACUCGGACUACUACACGGUGUUCACCGACGUGGCCAAGUUCAGGGACUGGAUCGACAGCUAUUUGGACGACUAAUCAUCAUCAUACAUUUUACAUUUUAAGAGCUUUCAUUUUUUUUAAUUAAAAUAAAUAAAUGCCUUGUUUGCGAAUAUAUCCUGUGCUUUACUUUGUGUCAUAGUUUUUAAGCAAUUAAGUAUUUAAAUAAAUAAAUAAAACCAUAAA